AUGUCCGACCAGGCUUUCGAAGACUGGAAAUCAUUGCGAGCCUAUGCGUAUGAUCUUUCGGAGGAAACGACAUCGCGAAGCACGUAUGAAGCGAUACCAAUCGCCACCCGGAAAAAGCUGGGGCCACUAAUUAGCAAAUACCUCGAAUCGCUCAAAGACGUGCCCAUCAUCGAAGGUGUCAUCAAUGAGACUGCCGGGUACUAUCUGGAUGAAAUCAGCGGCGCGGAAGAGCUUGACAAUACUGAACCUGGAGUUGGAAUCGAUGGCAAGAGGAAGGUCCAACUUGAAACCUUGAGAGAACAUAUAGCUGCCGGAAAUGCACUGCUGAACACAACACGGACCGAGGAUCAAUCAGUAUCUAGAGUACUGGGAAGACUGGUGCGUAGGAUCGAUCCCAAGAUCCAGGAGUUCGUGAAAGCGACCAAUGAGGAAUGGACACAGUUGAGACAGCCAUGGGAAGGUGAGAAUGGGAAGCUUGCCAAGCUUCAGCAGCUUCUCCAGUCCUGCGAGGAUAGUGCAAGCCGACAAGCAAGGUUGAGAGAAGAAUAUCGCAUGGGCAAAUCUUGGGUAGGUGGCUGGAGCUUCGCAAAGAAAGGAGCUAUUGGAAACCUACCUCUCUUGUGGAUUAAACAGGGUAUGGAUCAGAGCAUACUCGACGUACACAGCUACCUCACAUCGAUUCAGUGGAGCAAGAAGCUCAAUCACUUCUGGUAUGACCCGCUCGAUCCCGACGAUGAGGAGAAAACUGUGCCUUCUGAGAUAGCUGCGAUGGCAGCGCUACGGGGUCGCAAGGGUAGUACAAACAUUGUUAACCUGAGGAACUGGCACAUGUUCGAGGACCGACUGAUGUACAGACUAUACUUGGAGUUCUGUCCUCAUGGCGACCUCGGUCAAUGGACUUGCUGGUACAAGGAGCUUCGCGAUGCGGACCUGGCCAAGCGCAACUACUUUCCGGAACCCGUGAAGCCUGAUGAAAAUACGACGACAAAAUCUGCGUAUAAGAAGGCAUUGGGGGUUUACGUUAAGGAAUUGGCAGAUUACACAGAAAAGAUGAAAAGCAAGGAUCCUGUCAAGAUUGCUGCAGAGUUUCACAAGACUCGUGAUGAGCUUGAGCGGAUAUUCUUGCCGGAGCCACAAAUGCUGAUAUCCUCAAGAGCAGGCCAGGAGAUGGAGCAGCCGGCUCCCGACGACAAAUGGGAAACCAUUCUGCAUCUUGAUUACAAGCCACGGAACAUCUUUCUUGGACUACCAGACGAUGAGCAGUACAAGGGCUAUCCUGUUCCCAAGACUGGCGAUUAUGGUCUUGCCAAGAUCGUGCCGCGCGAUGACAACCGAAGCACAAACGAUUAUCCAGUCUGCGGCACGCCGUUUUGCAAACCGAGAGAGCAGACAAAGGUGCCGUAUCCCGGCGAGGAGCGCAUGCCCCGUCGCCGAAUGGACGCGAAGACUAAUGUCUGGGGUAUGUGGUUUCCAAUGACAGACGUUCGAGCAGGCGUAGGCAUUAUAAUGUGGAGUCUUCUCGAACUCGAAGAUGGCGACCACAGACUUUCCUACGACCCGCUGGAGACUUCCGAAGGCGUCAAAAAUGACGGCGACGAAAACACUUUGGACAGGCCCACAUUUCGAAAGCCUGCCGAAAACCACUACUCUUCUAACCUCAGAGAUCUCAUUCUCAUAUGUUUGAGCCAUGAGCAGAGAUUUCGACCGCCGUUUUCCAAACUCCUGGAAUAUAUUCAGAAACGCACUGACGAAUCCAAGAAGAUUGACCAUGCAAAUGGACUUCGGAGGGCCCGUGAGGAUGACCCGAAAUGGCAAGACGAACGUAACGUAUUGCCAUCGCUGAGGGAAGACAUGUUCAAGGGGUACCUGACGGGACUUUCGAAGUUUCCGGAUGACAUGGAUGAGUUCCCUGCGCCACCAUCGACACAAGAUGAUCGUGAUGACGUUCCUGGAUCGAGUCUUGGUGUGGAUAGGAUCGUGCAGAGGAGGCUGAAAAGAAAACAUGACCAACAAGGCCAGGCACAAGUAGGCGCCGGAUCGUCGUCUUCAAAGGGGAAGCAAAGGGGCUCCGAAGCUGGUGGCAAGUCACCAAAGCAGAGCCGUCCUGACAGUCGAACACCAAGCAAGUCGCCAAAGCGGAAGCGUGGAGGUGGCGAGGAAAGCGUGCCGAAGAAAAAGUCACCUAAACGUAUCUCCAACGACAUGGCGCAGGAAGAUAUUGAUGGAGGUCGCUUCUCAGGACGGCGCAGCAAGCACACUUUAGCUCGCCAGUAG